AUGGAGCGCCGAAUCGGUGAUGGCGAGGAGGAUCCUUUCGGGUCUUCUUCAACAAAAAAUCUGGUAUCGUUGACGAACAAUAAAAGCGUUGAUUUUGUUCUACCACCAAAGAAACUUCAGAAGAGGUCUUCGUCGUGUCAUUGUCAAAAUCAGACUGUCAAUGCAACAGACUUGUUAAUCAAGAAGAUUAUUGACUGUAAUCGUGCUAUCAAUGGGACGUGGUUUGGGAGGACGAAUUCUACGUUAUGGAAUUUAUCAGGUUGCCGUUUAUCCCGGGCUCCGGAUGAGGUUAUUUUCGAGCCUAGACCAGAGACCACUACGGGACUGAGCGUAAGAUAUACGCUAGGCUCAGAAGUGAAUCCAAAUCAGAGUACAACAGUCAGCGCAGCUGUAAAAUCAAUAUUGCAUGACAUGGAUGUGAUUGCGAACAGCUUCUCGAAUAACACCAAUCCGUUGGUACAAGGUGUACUCAAAAAAUUUCAAGACAAUCAGCAGCUAUUGAAACAGGAAAUCGAUAAAUUGCUUCCAGUGACCGGAUGA